AUAACAUCGCGUCGCGUGCGCAGGGCUGUGGAUCUCUCUGGCUAAGCGUUUCUACCGCAAUGAACCAACUUUCAACUCUUUAACCCAGUCUCUUUCAACCCACAAAGCUUCCUCGUGUCCUGUUAACUUCUAUCAUGUGCCAUUAAAUCGCCCAAGGGAGUCCUCGGGUCACACACUUCAUGGAAAGUUUUCCGUCUCGAUAGAUCUUUGACCACGGGAUAUUUGAGCUUGUGCAUUUGGACUCCCUAAGAAAUCUUGGCUGGUUAUUUACUUUCGCAUACAUCGUCAGGCUGUCUAACGAUUUCCGAUGUGUUACUAUGCGUAAUUCACCGGACCUUGGACUUUCGGAGGAGUUAGUAGCGACUGACAAGUCGAUAGAAGCCGAACAACUGUUGUGACACCGGGCCAAGACGCCACUCAAGAACUAUGAUAAAGGCACCUUCCUCUUACCCAAAGGGCUCAACUCUCAGCAAUGAACCUCAGAAUGACCCUUUCACAGAGGAGCAGCAGAUGAAUCCAGGUCUCAAGUCUAGUUGUAGGGUCCAGGUACAGCCUGUCCUUUCCGAGCCCUGCUAUGAGGUGAACAAACUUAACAAAUUCCAUUCUCAGGCCCAGUCCAUUCCUGUGAUCGUUGAUGGCCAGGCCAAGGUGUACCCUUCCCGGGUUGUACGUCUGUUUUCCACCCAGACAAAAUGUGAGGACAGUACCCCUCACAGAGGUCCACCUCAGGCCUGGUCUGGACUAGCCGGUCUCCGCGUCAUGGGUUCUUUCAAAAAACUGCGGUCUUCUGUGCUCCAAGGAAUCCAGAACAGGAGCAAUGCAAUGGCAGCCAGUCAAGAGAGAAAUCUUUCGUCAGUGUUUAAUGAGGAUGACAAUGGUUUUUUAGUAACCAAACGGACUGUUGCCGCCAAUCAGAGCACAUGUACAGAAACUGACAAAGUGUCAAAUGGGUCGUCUCAUACUGGUAAAAUAUCUUUGCUUUCGGACGAGGAUGAAGAUUGUGAUGAAGAAGCUGAGUUUCAGAGGAAUUCCCACUUCUCUCAAAGUAUCCGUAAGGCGUAUGGUGCAGGACGCAUCCCAUUGCUUGACACAGUGCAGAGUCAGCCGGAGAGCCCGUCAAUGACUGAACCUGGCUCCCAAAGUCAUCCCUGCAGCACUGUAGAGUCCAUUGAACCUUGCAAGACCCUUGAGAUUCAAGAAAAUGUCAAGGUUUUGAGCAGACUGAGCAAAAGUGCUGAAAAUAUCCAUGUCCUCAAGAGUCAUUUUAGACGCAAAGUCACCUCAGCUGAGCCACAGAACCCAGAAUGCCCCAGCACUACAAUUCUUCAGAGAGCCAUCAGCUCCUCAUCUAUUGACUUGCAGGAUCAUGGUUCAGGUAGACGUCAAAGCCCCAUGAAAAAGUUUGUUGGCAGCUUAACGGACCUGUCUGUCAAACGUAAAAACACCCCAGGCCCCACCCCUAGAGUACCACUGUCACCUCUUAGUCAACUCCAUGAUGACUACUCCCGCAGAACAUCCUGUGUUCGCACAAGUGGGCGUCAACGGAGGCCUUCACCCACACCCACCAAAGCCCAGCUGGAAACACAGGUCAAUGCUCACCAACAUAUCCCAACUUUACACUCUGCUCCCACCUUCUUUUGCUCCACCCCCAAUAACUCUCUUCAGCCUCCUAGCAAAUCAACAGCCCUCAUAAGUGACUCUGGGCAGGUGGCUGUUUCCUCAACAGAUUUACAUUCAGAAAUUCCAGUCUGUUUGCUGGAAAGGAACUCUGAACCUAUGGAGUGCCAUCAAACUGGAAUAAAUGAUCAUUUCUCUCAAAUGUUCAAGCAAUGCUCAAGCCCUUGUCAAAAGAAGACAGUCAAUGGCAUUAACAUUAACUUGGAGUGUAUAUGGAAGCCUGCAGAAAGGGAGACUGAUGGUUUAGAGUCUUCAUCAGAUGACCUGGUCACAAAAUCUGUUUUGAAAACAAGCGAUGAGAUCUCUGCAACUACAGCUUCAGCUGUCACAACCACUUGUGCUGCUGAAUCGCCCUUGUCAACAACUCCAAUAUCACCAAAUUCACCAGCCUCUUCCUGUAACUCGCCCACUUUUGUAGUGCCCAGGUGGAAGGCAGGUCAAUCCAGGCCUCGGCCAUUCUCUGACUAUGGCCAGCUGGGCAGUACAAAGUACUGCAUAUCAGAGGAGGACAGGGAGUCUGAGAAUAUGGACUACACUUCCCAAAAGGACUACAUUGGCAAAGGCAGCUACAUAGAGAGCAGCAGACAAGAGAAUGGUCAUGUCUGUACUCAAACCGAGGGCAGAAAGAGACGUCCCAUCUCUGUUAUUGGAGGAGUGAAUCUGUUUUCAUCCCCAGCUGCUGAGCAGAAGGACGACACUGAAAGUUUACCUUCUCCUGUUUCUCGGCCUCCAGUUCCUUCUCAUAGAGUGCCUCCAUAUCGGGCGGUAUCCACCCGUCUGAGACCCUACGUUUUCUCCCAAAGCACACCUACCGGUCUGGAUAGAAUGGGCCGACGCAAAGGUCGCAGAGUGCUCAGUGAAGAUGGUAACUCUGAUCCAAUGCUGGAUGACAGUGUGAGUGAGGAGGAUGGCAGUUUUGAAGAAUUGACUGAAGGAACACCAUAUCUCCAAUCAGAAGUCGACCUUUUUACCCUGAAUCAGUACAUAAACUCGGGCCAUGCUGUAUACGCUGAGGCCCUGUGGGAUCAUGUGACGAUGGAAGAGCAGGAGUUGGCCUUCAAAGCCGGUGAGGUGAUCCGUGUUCUGGAUGUUCAGGAGAAGGACUGGUGGUGGGGGAUGGUGGGAGACCGCGAGGCUUGGUUUCCCUCCAGCUUUGUGCGGGUUCGGGUGAAUCAGGAGGACUCAAGCAGUGAGAGUGUGGAGAGCGCACUGGAUACGGAAGAGUCCGUCCCCUCUGAGACGCACAAACAAAGCUCAGAGCACAGAGAGCAGAUGAGAGCAAAUGUGGUCAAAGAAAUCAUGGACACCGAACGUGUUUACAUCAAGCAUCUCAAAGAUAUCUGCGAGGGCUAUAUCCGUCAAUGUAGGAAACAUCCUGGCAUGUUUACUGAUGCACAGCUAAAGACAAUCUUCAGCAACAUUGAAGACAUCUACAAGUUCCAGAGGAAGUUUCUCAAGGACCUUGAAAAGAAAUACAAUGCCGAAAACCCUCAUCUAAGUGAGAUUGGCUUCUGCUUUCUUCAACAGGGGGAAGGUUUCUCUAUAUACUCCGAGUACUGUAACACACACCCAUCUGCGUGUGCUGAAUUACAUCGAUUAAUGAAACAAGGGCGAUACAAACACUUUUUUGAGGCAUGUCGUCUUCUACAGCAGAUGAUUGAUAUCUCUAUUGCUGGCUUCUUACUCACACCUGUACAGAAGAUCUGUAAAUACCCUCUUCAGCUGGGAGAGCUGUUGAAAUACACACCCAAAGACCACAGUGAUCAUGCAGGAGUGUGUGACGCACACAAAGCGAUGAAGAAUGUGGCAAGUCUGAUAAACGAGAGGAAGAGACGACUGGAGAGCAUUGACACCAUUGCUCACUGGCAGGUGGCCAUCCUCCAUUGGGCGGGUGAUGAUCUGUUAACACGGAGCUCGGAGCUCAUCCACUCAGGCGAGCUGACACGGAUAGUACGGCCCGGUAAGACACAGCAACGCAGCUACUUCCUGUUUGACCACCAGCUGGUGUUCUGUAAGAAAGACGUCCUGCGGAGAGACCUGCUACACUACCAGGGCCGUCUGGACUCAGACCACCUUGAGCCAAUCGACCUGCACGAUGGACGGCACCCUGAGCUGGGCUUCCUGAAAAAUGCCUUCCUUCUGCGGCAUUUAGAGAAUCUGGAGGUACUCUGCGUACUGUGCUGCAGAAAGAGCCAGGACAAGCAGCGAUGGCUGCAAGCAUUUGCUCGAGAGCGCAGAAGAGUGCAGGAGGACCAAGAGAUGGGAAUGGAGAUAACUGAGGCCCAGAGAAAGCAAGCAAUUCAGAACGCAAGGAAAUCAAAACGAGGCAAAAUGAAAAAAAUGAAUUAUUCAGGUCAUCCAGUGUCUCCCCACCAUCAGUCGCUACAUCCUCUCCAUCAGCGACAUGUGACUGUGCCAACCAGCAUCCCCCAGCAACAGGUCUUCUCUUUAGCAGAGCCAAAGAAGAAACCUUCUCACCUUUGGCACUCAAUCGCACGCAGCACCCUCUUCAAGAAAGGACAGAAAAGAGACUUACACCACAUGCCUGUUUUUACAGAUGUUUGAUGUGGAUAUCCAUAAAUGAUGUCACACUACUGGACUAUAUGUCUGUUGUUAUGCUUUACUCAAAUACAUGCACAAUAUGUAUAUUUAUAUUCAUAUAAGCAAGUGUGUGAAGACAUAUGUGCCUGAGUAUAAAGGCUCAUUAUUUAGCCUAAACAAACCUUUUGUGUAUAAAAGUAUGCAUGUCAGAAUGUGUGUGAGUUUGUUUGGGAAUGGAGAGAAAUGGUUUUAGUCUUGGUGUUUAAAGUGUUAGCUGUCCUGUCUGUUAUGGUCAAGAAUCUACUGUUGUGAGUUUGUCCUGUCCUAGUUUAACACCUCACCCCAAUCUGUCAGAAAUGACAAUGAGUUAUUAAUUUUCAGCUUUCUAGUCUGCUUUUUUUCUAUAUAAUUAUAUUUCUGUUGCCUGAGGCUGGUGCCUUUUUAUGUUAGAUCUUAUUCGAGUUAAGAGCAAAUACACUACAACAUUUAUUAUGUUUUGUAAAUAAACUUGUGUAUACAAUUGUAUACAGUCUGUGCCUACAUCAAAGUAUUCAAAUACAGCAUAAAUCAACG